AUGGAAAGAUUAAAUCAAUUAUCUGGACAAUUAUCUGGUAGUGCCAAAGAAUCAUUAAAACAAAAAAACCCUGAUGAUGUGGUUAUUGUUGCCGCUUAUAGAACUGCUUUAGCUAAAGGUGGUAAAGGUGGUUUCAAAGAUGUUGGUUCUGAUUAUAUCUUAAAAAACUUAUUAGAAGCUUUCAUCAAGAAAACUGGUGUUGAUGUUAACUUGAUUGAAGAUGUUGCUGUUGGUAAUGUCUUAAAUAGAGGUGCUGGUUCCACCGAACACAGAGGUGCUGCUUUAGCUGCUGGUAUUCCAAAUAAAGCUGCUUUCAUUGGUGUUAAUAGACAAUGUUCAUCAGGUUUAAUGGCUAUUAGUGAAAUUGCUAAUAAAAUUAAAUGUGGAGAAAUUGAUUGUGGUAUUGGUGCUGGUGUUGAAAGUAUGUCAGCUAAUUAUGGUCCUCAAGCUUUAAGUAAAAUUGAUGAACAUUUACAAGAUAACGAAGAAGUUGAAAAAUGUUUAAUCCCAAUGGGUAUCACUUCAGAAAAUGUUGCUUCACAAUUCAACAUUUCAAGAAAAGAUCAAGAUGAAUUUGCUGCUAUUUCAUAUAACAGAGCUGAAAAAGCUGUUUCAACUGGUCUUUUCGAUGAUGAAAUUUUACCAAUUGAAUCAUUCAUCGCUGAAGAAGAUGAUGAUGAAAAUGUUACUUAUAAAUCAAUAACUGUUUCAAAAGAUGAAGGUCCAAGAAAAGGAGUUACUGCUGCUUCUUUAGCUAAAUUGAAACCAGCUUUCAGUGAAACUGGUACUACUCAUGCUGGUAAUGCUUCUCAAGUUUCUGAUGGUGCUGCUGUUGUUUUAUUAAUGAGAAGAUCAUUAGCUGAAGCUAAAGGUUACCCAAUCCAAGGUAAAUAUGUCUUAUGUUCAACUGUUGGUUGUCCACCAGAAAUUAUGGGUGUUGGUCCAGCUUUAGCCAUUCCAGAAGUUUUAAAGAGAGCUGGUUUAAAAUUAGAUGACAUUGAUGUUUUCGAAAUUAAUGAAGCUUUUGCAUCUCAAUGUUUAUAUUCAAUUAAUGUUUGUAACAUUCCAAAAGAAAAAGUUAAUAUUAAUGGUGGUGCUAUUGCUAUUGGUCAUCCAUUAGGUGCUACUGGUGCCAGACAAUAUGCCACUAUUUUAAGAUUAAUGAAACCUGGUGAUUUUGGUAUUACUUCAAUGUGUAUCGGUACUGGUAUGGGUGCUGCUUCAAUUCUUAUCAAAGAAUAA